AACGCGAGGGCUUCCUGCACUUCGGACAACGAAUGUCCCCUGGGUGAGGGGGAAGUGCUGGGGAACGGAAUGAAGACGGGGCAUUGCGUCCCCUACAACUUCACCAAGAAGACCUGCCAAGUUAUGGCCUGGUGCCCUGUGGAGAACGGGGCGACAUUCAGUGAGAGUUUGGCAGCAAUGGCGCCAGAGUUCACCGUCCUGAUCAAGAACAGCAUUCAUUUCCCUCGCUUUCAUUUUUCCAAAGAGAACAUCAGGGACAACAGCGAUGGCUACCUGAGGAACUGCACUUUCAACGAAACCACAGAUCUUUACUGUCCCAUCUUCAAGUUGGGCUUUAUCGUGGAGCAGGCAGGCGAGGAUUUUUCCAAACUGGCUCAAAAGGGUGGUGUGAUCGGUGUGAUCAUUAACUGGAAUUGCAACCUUGACCUGCCGGACUCCGAGUGCAACCCCAGAUAUUCCUUCCGCAGGCUGGACCCCAAAUGGACUCAGGCUUCCUCCGGCUACAAUUACCGAUUUGCAAAAUAUUAUCAGCAUGGUGGACGAAGCACACGCACCUUAUUCAAAGCCUAUGGGAUCCGCAUUGAUGUCUUAGUGCACGGGCAGGCCGGGAAAUUCAGCCUUAUCCCAACCAUCAUUAACCUGGCCACAGCCCUCACAUCCAUUGGAGUGGUAUCCUUCCUCUGUGACUGGAUAUUGCUGACGUUCAUGAAUAAGAACAAGGUGUACAGCACCCGAAAGUUUGACCAGGUAUGGUAGCAGAAGCAGAUCAGAGACUUCAUAUUUUG